GUGCAAUUCAGAAGCCAAAUCCCAGACACUACACUUUGGUCGUGUUUCGUUUCAUCAUCUUUUUCUCCGAGAAAGACCAACCCCUCGUUUCACUUUCACUUUUCGCUUUGGGAAAUGAAAUGAUGCCAUUGUCCCUUCCAAAACCGAACCCCUUCUUCAUGUAGGAGGUUCCUCUUCCCCCUUUUGGCACGUGAGAAUCCUCUGAUUCCGAACCCAAGCACGUGUGUGUUUUGGGCCAUGGAGGAGGACAAGUACGCCAAGGAAUUGGAGGUGGCCGUUAGGGUGGUCCACGUGGCGUGUGCUCUCUGCGGGAGGGUGCAGGAGAGGCUCCUCGCCACCAGCAAUGAUCACGUUCUGUCAAAGGAUGAUGAUUCUCCUGUUACUGUUGCAGACUUCAGUGUUCAAGCAAUUAUUAGUUGGUUACUCUCUGAAAUUUUUGGGGUUCAAAACGUGUCAAUCGUUGCUGAAGAAGACAUAGAAACAAUUUCCAAUGACGGAUCAGCAGGCCUACUGGAGGCUGUUGUUAAUACUGUCAACGAGUCUUUAGCUUCAGCAUCCAAGUAUGGUCUUCAAAGUCCGGAGACAACUCUAGGGACAUCUGAAGUUCUUGAGGCCAUUGCCCGUUGCAACUCGACUGGAGGCCCUAGGGGAAGAUAUUGGGUACUGGACCCUGUUGAUGGCACAUUAGGAUUUGUACGUGGGGAUCAGUAUGCUGUUGCUCUAGCUCUGAUUGAGGAUGGAAAAGUUGUUCUUGGAGUUCUGGGGUGUCCUAAUUACCCAGUAAAGACAGAAUGGCUUAAUUAUCAUUACCAGGAUCAUCAAACAAUGCCACAAUCAUCUCUAGUAACUCCUGAUGCUGGGGGAAAAGGAUGUGUAUUGUAUGCAAGAAGAGGCAGUGGUGAGGCAUGGUUGCAGUCAUUAGUUGAUGGAGAGAAAAUGCUUGAAUGGCCAAAUCGUGCUAGACUUAUUCGUGUUUCUUCUAUUGAUGAUCCGGCAUUGGCAACUCUCUGUGAACCAGUGGAAAGGGCUAACUCAAACCAUUCAUUCACAGCUGGACUUGCUCACAGUGUUGGACUUAGAAAACAGCCAUUGCGCGUGCACAGCAUGGUGAAAUAUGCAGCAAUCGCCCGUGGCGAUGCUGAGAUAUUCAUGAAAUUUGCCAAGUGUGGUUACAAGGAGAAGAUAUGGGACCAUGCUGCUGGUGUGGUGAUUGUUGAAGAGGCUGGUGGUGUGGUGACUGAUGCUGGGGGACGCCCCCUGGACUUUUCAAAGGGAAUGUAUUUGGAAGGCCUUGACAGAGGCAUAAUUGCAUGCUCUGGUGUCACAUUGCAUGAAAAAUUCAUUGCUGCUGUUUAUGCUAGCUGGGACUCCUCAAAUUUAUGAUCCUUCCUUUCUUCUAUCAAUGAGGCAAAUUUUUUGGUAGAGGCAAUGUGGAUCACUUCCUUUUACUAAUCUUUUUUCACAUAUAUUUUUGAUUCUGCAAUGUUGUAUGCAUAUUAGUAGCCAGUAGAUAGCAUAUUACAUUCAACUGAAGAUAUAUUUAUGUGGGAUUUAGCUCCUCCAAAAUAAAAAUAAGAGAGUAUACUUUAUAGAGGAUAAAAGUGUAAUCUUAAAUCAUAAGCAAGAGUAACUUUAUAUAAUAAAUGUUUUCAGUAAAUUUAUUUUGAAUA